CCGCCACGGGAUUUCCAGGAUUCAAUGCGGACUGCAGUCGCAUCCUCAUCAAACUAUUUAGCGGUGCACAGCACUGAAAACUUCAAUUCAUCAGUCCAGAGAGGGAAAAGUUCACUAGCACAAGAAACAUAAACAUUUUUCUCAAAAUUGAGAAUGACGGAUCGAGCAAACAACUUCCCCCCUCUGCCAAAGUUUUUUCGCAUAAAACCAUGUUUUUACCAGAACGUGACUGAGGAAAUCCCGCAACCCUACCAGCAGCUUGUGCGUCGUGUUUACAAUCUUUGGAUGUUGUACUGUAUCACACUAUGCGUCAAUGUGGUGGCCUGCAUAGCUUGGUGGGCCGGUGGGGGUGGAGCGGUCAACUUUGGGUUUGCGCUCCUCUGGCUGCUGGUUUUCAGCCCAUGUAGCUACACCUGCUGGUUCAGGCCACUCUAUAAAGCAUUUCGGGCUGAUAGUUCCUUCAACUUCAUGGCAUUCUUCUUCAUUUUCUUUCUGCAAUGUGUUCUUGCCUUCAUCCAGAGUCUUGGAAUAUCUGGUUGGGGUGCUUGUGGUUGGAUUGCCACAGUGAUGUUUUUCGGCACAAAUGUAGUCUCGGCUAUAUUCAUGCUCAUCUGUACUCUGCUCUUUACCAUAGAUACAGUUCUAAUGGUGUUCAUUCUUAUCAAGGUUCAUCGACUGUAUCGCGGUGGAGGAGGCAGUUUUCAGCAGGCACAGGAAGAAUGGAGCACGGGCGCGUGGAAAAGCGCCCCUGUGAGAGAAGCCGGAUUCAACGCCAUCUCUGAAACCGGCCCCAGCCUGCCCCAGUAUCCAGCCGCAGUGCCCAAUUACCCAGAGAGCUGGUGAUACCUUUUCUGAACUACAGAUGGAGCCAGAGCACUUCUGCUCGUCUUAACUCUAAAGGGGCAGUUUGCAGUGGGACAUUACCCAAUAUUUUUGCCCCAAGAAAACACUUCGGCCAGAUCACGAACUUGUGAAUAGUUCCGUUGCUUUUGUACAAUGUUUUUCUUAAUAUAGCAAAAAGAUCUAAUGUUAAAUCACUCCUUAAAGAAACCUAAUUUAAUGUGAAUGACGAUCGAAAAUGUCAAACCACUUUCCUGGGUGCAAAUUCUCACAAAACGCCAAUAACCAAGCCAAAUUAUCAAACUGCUCCUUUAAAAACUCUCAACACGUACUACUCUCAAACAGACAGCAAAAUGAUGGACCAUUAGUAUAAAAAUAGCAAAAAAGGACACUUUGCGUUGAUGAAUUCAUCUCAGUUCAUCUGAGCCUUGAUUUUUCUUAGCAUUGCAUUGAAUUGUUUGAGAAAGAAAUCAGAAUAGUUGCAUAUCAAAUCACUGAAUUGUGUAGAAUACAAAUGCAUACGUAUCACUGUAUCACGUACAAUCACAUUACCAUUUCAGGGAAAGUGAUUUUUAAAAGAGUAACUUUUUUUUUUUCUAAAUCAUGGCAGCUUUUCUGUUUACCUUGAGAAAUGCGCUCUCACAUUUCCACAUCAGUGCUUCUGCAAUUCAUGUCAAACUUUGGGUAAUUAUUCCCUAACUUUUAAGACUCACAUGCAUGUCUUUGUAAAUAGUAUGAUUUGCAUAUGACACCUUUUUUAUAUUGCAACAAAACAUUGCAGAUUUUUUAAGAUCUAUGACUGAGAAUGUUUCUUGCAAACACAUCUUGUGCCUGCUUUCUUUUCUGUUUAAAGCUUUCCACAUCUUCGAAAUGAAGACCGCCUUAAUUCUUCAUGCAAAUUAAGCAUGUGUGAACCAAUAGCUUUCGAAUUUCCCUUAAGUGCUACAACUCUAUUGGUCGAUUGGUCUACAUCCUGUGCUAUUUUUAAUACUGGCUUCUAAGUAUGUAUUUCUUUGCAAUUAUUCCUGGGUUUAUUACAGUAAUCAUUGUGCUUCGUAUUGGAGCAUUGGGAUUACAAAUGCGGUUGGCAGGAGGCACUCAUUAUGAACAUGUGACUUGAUCUUUAUUACUUUUCGUUUAAGAUCUCCCUCCACCGAGCCAAAGGAGGCUGAUUUUGAAAUGUUCCAUGACUGGCCUCGUGUAGGCAAAGUAUUUAACAAUCCUGUAUCUAAAAUGUGACCAGAAUGGCUCUCCAACUAACAUUUUUUCAAUAAAAACAUUCCUUUUCAGAAUGAAGUUGACUUUAUUGUUGUCACUCCCUGCUUCUAAAUAUGCAUACUUCCCUAAUAUAUAGUAGGCGAAAUUAGUAGCAUGUCCAAAAUCAUAGUAUUAAAGGGAUAGCUCAC